AUGCUCCAGAGGGGAAACCCGGCCGGAGAGGAAAACACCGCGCCGCCGCCGCCGCUCCUCCUCCUUCUCACCGGCGCCUGCCCCAGUCCCGCUCCCCGGUCCGGACGGGCAGAUCCCAGCCGCGCUCGCGUCCGCUCGGCUCCCUGCAGUCGCGCUCGGGCAUCGCCUCUCUGUCCGCUGACCUUGUCCGCUGCAGGCCGAGCCCACCGCCGCGGCGCCCGGGACCGGGCCGGAGGCGGGGACCUGCGGGAGGGGGAGGGGACCCCGCGCGCGGCCCCGCCUCGCCCGCCGCACGGGCCAACAGCCUGGGCGCCCCGCCGCGCGCGCCCGGGAGGGCGGGGGGCCACGGGAGCCCCCCCGAGCCAGACCCCGGGGCUGCCUCUAGCGCCCGCGGGGUGCGGGGCCGCCUCCCGCUCGCGCGCGGGCCUCCGCUCCUCCCCGCCGGGCCCUGCGCGUGGUCUCGCCCCGCCCCUACAGGGACCGGGGACUCCCCCCGGGCGAGCGCGCGCGCGCCCACCCCGCCCGGCCCGCCGCGGGAGGGGAGACCGGCCCCCCAGGUGUGGCCCCCAGCGCCCGCGGUGCCCUACCCCUCGGGGCCCCGGGGAACCCGGCCCCCGCGCUUCCCGAUCUCCCCCCGCACCACCCCCGCAACACCUCCCCCCAAGCGAAAGAUCAGAGCGGGACCGGCUUCGCAGCUUCAGCAGAAAAGAAGCCCUUCCCGGCCACUGUCUACAGCGUCCAUUUGAACCCUUGAGAAAGGAAGCUGGAGAUGAAAUGCAGCCAUGGACACUCGAGUUACAGCAAUGUUAUUGGAUCCCCACCAAAGAGCAGGCAGUAUGGAAAAGAAUCUGAAAUCUACCAAAGACAUUUCUGACAGCAAAAGCAGAAAAAGUUUUUAUUGUAACCACACAUCCAUAAUAUUAUUGUUAAGGUUGAACUCGUGUUUAUUUGGGGCAUAAUGUACCCACGUCAUCUCUUUUAAUCUGUUACCCCCACUUUGUAGAUAAAAUCCUCCAUUAACCCCAUUUUGCAGAUGAUAAUAGAAAGACUCAAAAAGAUUUGUGAAUGACAGAUUAGAAGUAAGCAAUGAACCAUGCUUUAAACACAAGUCUUCUGACUUCUGUGCUUUUUCAGCUGUUUACCAGGCUGUUUCUAUUAGCAGAUGCUUUGUUUUAGUUUGGUGAAUAAAAUGUAAGUGUUGGCUCGGUUUGCAAA